ACUAUGUAGUAGUGUUCUUAUUGUCUAUCGGUCCCGAAGGACCAAAAAAUAGGUCAAAUUGAAUGUCACUGAAUAUAAUUUUCUCAUCUUCCUCAUUUUGUUUUUCCUCUCAGACUUUUCUAUGUAUAUAUAUUUUGUGUAGCCGUAAAUACAUCUAUAGUUAUUAUUUUUUAAAAGUUCUUCUGACUUUGGAGGUAGUAUUUGUAGUGGUUAAGAGCAAGUCCAGGGCUACAAUGCCUGUAUACAUAUCCUGGCUUGGCCAUGUCCUAGUUAGGUAUGUGCCUUAUAUUCCUUAUCUGUAAAGUACAAGUAACGGUACUUAUGUCCUAUGAGAUGCCUUAGAAGAUUGCAGGUUGAGAUAAAUAUAUAAAGGGUUUAAAACAAUCCCUGACAUAUAAUAAUAUGUAAGUUACAAUCAUUAUUGGACACUCAUAAAACUCAAAAAGUUCUAUGUCAAAGACAUUGUCUAUCAAAAAGAUCUUUUACGAAUUAUUGUGAAUCUCGGGUUUUAUUCAUCUAGUUUUGCUUCCUGAGGUAAGAGACAGCAUGUAAAUAUACUGUGCCCUUGUCAUUAAAUAAGCAUCUUCGCAUAAACUAUUUAAUUUUCUUUCCAUGUCUCCCAUUCGGCCCAGGAAAAGAGAGUUAAACUGAUUAAUAUAGUUCUGGGCGGGGCCUUUCAGAUCCAAAGAGUGAAGCAAAUCUUUUUUUUUUCCUACUUAAACUUUACCUGGGCAACUGCAAUAUUACUACAUUUACUGUAGAAAUGCUGUUACUGUCUUCCUUUCAUCCUAACCUGUUUAUAGAAUUUAAAGGCAAUUUCAAUUCUAAGCCUAAGACUUGGGAGAAUCAGCAAGGUCCAGAUCGCGCAAUCCCUCCUCUCCCGCACAGAGCAGGCAGCCGCCCAGCAGCCUUUAAGGCGCAGCUGUGCAAUCAUUUAAACAAGGCGCUGCCUUCUCAUUGGCCAGGAAGUUUUGCUUACUGAUUGGUCUUCUGAGGACGGGGGCGGUUCCCGAAGGUGCCCAUUGGUGGGUACGAGAAGUUUAAACUGAGGCAGAAAGGCUGUGGUAGUUUUGUGCCUCCUUGGGGCGGCGAGUUCUUGGGGUGUCGGCCCGGAGAAGGGAAGGGGCUUCUGCACUCCCACGGCUCCCCAGCAGCGUCUGAGGGGAAGCGGCCCGCGUGAAGUGGGGGCCCCGGCUCUGCGCAGCAGCCGGUGGGAGCCGGGGGAGGAGGCCGGCGGCCUCGGCGGCCAUGGCGACCGGGCGCGCGGGGCGGAGCUGCUGGGAGCUGAGCCCAGCCGAGCGACGGCCGCGGGCCGAGUGGGAGGCCGCGGAGGAGCCGGCGUCCCCGGCGGUGCUGUCUCUCAGCCACUUCUGCAGGUCUCCCUUCCUCAGCUUCGGGGAUGUUCGCCUGGGAGUCUCGCGCACGCUGCCCCUGGUCCUGCACAACCCCAACGCGGAGGUGGCGGAGGUGGAGGUCGCCCACCUGCGGGCGGCGGAGUUGGGCUUCAGCGUGUGUCCGCGCCGCUGCGUGCUGCAGCCUAAAGAAAAAAUUGUCAUCUCUGUUAACUGGACACCAUUGAAAGAAGGCCGAGUAAGAGAGACUGUGACAUUUCUUGUAAAUAAUGUCGUGAAACAUCAGGCUAUAUUACUAGGAAAUGCAGAAGAGCGGAAAAAGAAAAAGAAAAGUCUCUGGGCUACCGUUAAUAAGACAGUUUCGGCCUCAUCAACUCAUAACAAGAAGAUCUCAAAUACUCAAAAUAUUAAUAAAACAUUUAGUGUUUCCCUAAAAGUUGACAGAGUUAGGAGCCCACUACAAGCCUGUGAAAAUUUGGCUAUGAGUGAAGGUUGUGCUCCAACAGAAAACAGUUCUUUAACCCUUGAAGAAAAUAAAAUACCCAUUUCGCCUAUUCGCCCUGCCUUCAAAGAAUGCCAUGUUGAAACUUGCUUGCCAUUUUCUGUACGUCGUUCUACUACCUACUCAUCUCUUCAUGCAUCUGAAAAUGGGGAACAAAUACAAGUAGAAGGUGCCAUCAUUUCAAAAGAUUUUAAUUUUGAUGAGAAAGUCAUAACAGAAACUUCCUUUAAUUCCAUAAAUACUAGUGGCGAAAGCGAAGUGAAUACUAAUAUCAUCCUUACCCCAAGCUGUUCUUCACCUUUAAACAUUAUACAGACCCAAAGAAAUUUUCUGAAUCCAUAUUCUUUUGUAAAUAACACCCCUGCAUCUAAUGAUGUAGGGUUAAUGACAUGUCUGUUAUCAGAUACUCUUGCAAAAGACAAUUUGAAGUCUGUUCAUUUGGAAUCCGAAACUGUACAUGAAGUUUAUCAAACAGUUUUAAGUCCAGAUUCUUUCGUAAAUGGUAAUUAUGGAUUAAAGCAGAAUCUAGAGUCAGAGUCAGUUAAUCCCAUUUUAUCUCCAAGUCAGUUUGUAAAAGAUAACAUGCCACAUAUAAGUAUAGCUCAGGAAACUUGUAAAGAUUCACCAUUAUCAAAUGAAAAUUCUCAGUUUCCACAAGAUCGGAGAAAAAGUGAAGUUUUUCCAUGUGUUCCUGAAUGUCAAGGUUCAAAAACCUCUGGAGUUAUUCCUGAAGAACUAAACCCUGAAGCAAUGAAGUCAGAUUACCUUUUUACAAAACAAAGCCAUCCUAAAUUUUCUGCAGGGGAACAACCUAAGAGACGCCCAAUUCUUUCUGCCACUGUUACUAAAAGGAAGCCAGCCUAUGCUGGAGAAAAACAAACUGAGAUUAAUAAAUCGAAAGCAAAAAGAUGUCUCAACAGUACAGUAGGUGAAUGUGAAAAAGUAAUAGAUAACCAAAAGGAAAAAGCUUUUCGUUCUUAUCUUCCAAUUAUAGAUCCAAUAUUAACUACACCUCAGAAUUACAAAAGUGGAACAACUCCUUCAACAUCUUUAGUUGCUCGUAAAAGAAAGAGUGACAGAAACAUGGAAGAUGGAAAUGUGAAGGCUGUUACAGAACAUACAGAAGUACAUAAAGUCAAGAGAAUCCAUUUUUCUCCCCCAGAAUCUAAUUUGUCAACUAUUAGAACAAAAAAGAUGACAACACCCAUUUCAAAAUGUAUUAAUAGCAGGGAGAAAUUAAGCUUGAAGAAGAGAACUGAUUCAUCAGGAUUUAAAACUCCUACUUAUAAAACAACCAAAAGGACAAAAUCCAUUGUUGCUGUGGCACAGUCUAAUUUGACCUUCAUAAAGCCAAUAAAAACAGGUAUUCCUAGACACCCAAUGCCAUUUGCUGCAAAAAACAUGUUUUAUGAUGAACGCUGGAAAGAGAAGCAGGAACAGGGUUUCACUUGGUGGCUAAAUUUUAUACUAACUCCUGAUGACUUCACUGUAAAAACAAAUAUUUCAGAAGUAAAUGCUGCAACUGUUCUCUUGGGAGUGGAGAAUCAACAUAAAAUAAGUGUUCUGAGAGCUCCUACAAAAGAUGAAAUGUCUCUCAGAGCUUAUACUGCUCGGUGCAGGUUGAAUAAAUUACGUCGCACAGCAUGCCAUUUAUUUACUUCUGAAAAAAUGGUUAGAGCUAUUAAAAAGCUUGAAAUUGAAAUUGAAGCUAAGCGGUUAAUUGUACGAAAAGAUAGACACCUUUGGAAAGAUGUUGGAGAACGCCAGAAAGUAUUGAAUUGGUUGUUAUCAUAUAAUCCUUUGUGGCUUCGCAUUGGCCUAGAGACAGUUUAUGGAGAGCUCAUACCUUUGGAAGACAGUAGUGAUAUCACCGGGUUGGCUGUGUUUAUACUGAAUCGCUUACUUUGGAAUCCUGAUAUAGCAUCUGAAUAUCGACAUCCCAGUGUUCCGCAUCUAUACAGAGAUGGUCAUGAAGAAGCUUUGUCCAAGUUUACAUUGAAAAAGUUACUGUUGUUGGUCUGUUUCCUGGAUCAUGCUAAAAUUUCAAGACUGAUUGAUCAUGAUCCUUGUCUCUUCUGUAAAGAUGCUGAAUUCAAGGCUAGUAAAGAAAUUCUUCUGGCUUUUUCACGAGAUUUUCUAAGUGGUGAAGGUGACCUUUCCCGUCACCUUAGCUUACUGGGAUUGCCUGUUAGUCAUGUUCAGACACCAUUUGAUGAAUUUGAUUUUGCUGUUACAAAUCUUGCUGUAGACUUGCAGUGUGGAGUGCGUCUUGUGCGAACCAUGGAACUUCUCACACAGAACUGGGAUCUUUCCAAGAAACUCAGGAUUCCUGCAAUAAGUCGUCUUCAAAAGAUGCACAAUGUUGAUCUUGUUCUUCAGAUUCUUAAAUCACGAGGAAUUCAAUUAAGUGAUGAGCAUGGAAAUACAAUCCUAUCUAAGGACAUUGUGGAUAGGCACAGAGAAAAAACUCUUGGGUUGCUUUGGAAAAUAGCAUUUGCUUUUCAGGUGGAGAUCUCUCUUAAUUUAGAUCAGUUAAAGGAAGAAAUUAACUUUCUAAAACACACACACAGUAUAAAGAAAACAAUGUCUGGAUUAUCAUGCCAUUCUGAUGCUGUUAUAAAUAAGAAAAAAGAUGAAAGGCAAAAUAGUGUCUUAGAUCACUACAGCGAGAGUGUGAAAUUAUUGAUGGAUUGGGUAAAUGCUGUGUGUGCUUUCUAUAAUAAAAAGGUGGAGAAUUUUACAGUGUCUUUCUCAGAUGGCCGUGUAUUAUGUUACCUGCUCCACCAUUACCACCCUUGCUAUGUGCCUUUUGAUGCUGUAUGUCAGCGUACUACUCAAACGGUGGAAUGCACACAGACUGGCUCAGUGGUAUUAAAUUCUUCCUCUGAAUCUGAUGAUAGCUCUCUGGAUAUGUCUCUUAAAGCACUUAAUCAUGAAAAUAAUUCAGAACUACACAAAGAGCUUCUAGAAAAUGAAAAGAAAAAUUUUCAUUUGGUUAGGUCUGCAGUGAGAGAUCUUGGUGGGAUACCUGCUAUGAUUCACCAUUCAGAUAUGUCAAAUACAAUUCCAGAUGAAAAGGUGGUUAUUAUGUAUUUGUCAUUUCUUUGUGCAAGACUGUUGGAUCUUCGUAAAGAAAUAAGAGCUGCUCGACUUAUACAAACAACAUGGAGAAAAUAUAAAUUAAAAAAAGAUCUAAAACAUCAUCAGGAGAGAGACAAAGCUGCAAGAAUUAUUCAAUCAGCUGUAAUCAAUUUUCUAACCAAACAACGACUGAAAAAAGAGGCUAAUGCAACGUUGAUCAUUCAGAAAUAUUGGCGAAGAAUCUUAGCACAGAGAAAAUUAUUAAUGUUAAGAAAGGAAAAACUGGAAAAAAUUCAAAAUAAAUCAGCCUCAGUUAUUCAGGGAUAUUGGAGAAGAUAUUGCACUAGAAAAAGAUUUCUGAAAUUGAAGUAUUAUUCAGUCAUCUUGCAAUCUAGGAUAAGAAUGAUAAUUGCUGUUACAUCUUAUAAACGGUGUCGUUGGGCCACAGUUACAAUUCAGAGACAUUGGCGUGCUUAUUUAAGAAGAAAAAAAGAUCAAGAAAGAUAUGAAAUACUAAAAUCAUCGGUGCUUAUAAUCCAGUCUAGGUUCAGAAGAUGGAAGCAACAUAAAAUGCAAUUACAAACAAAGGCUGUGAUCAUACUACAAAGAGCUUUUAGAGAAUGGCAUUUCAGAAAAGCUAAAGAAAAGUCUGCUAUUGUCAUACAGUCAUGGUAUAGAAUGCAUAAGGAACUACAAAAAUAUAUUUAUAUUAAAUCGUGUGUUGUUAUCAUUCAGAGAAGAUUUCGAUGCCAUCAAGCCCAAAAAUUAUACAAAAGAAAGAGAGAGUCUAUCCUGACAAUCCAGAAGUACUACAGAGCAUAUCUGAAAGGAAAGAUGGAGCGUACCAAUUAUUUGCAAAAACGAGCAGCAGCCAUUCGACUGCAGGCUGCUUUCAGGAGAAUGAAAGCUCAUAAUUUGCAAAGACAGAUUAGAGCUGCUUGUGUUUUGCAGUCGUAUUGGAGAAUGAGGCGGGACAAAUUUCAAUUUUUAAGCCUUAAGAAAAGUGUUAUCAAACUGCAAGCGCACGUAAGAAAACAUCAGCAAUUACAGAAAUAUAAGAAGAUGAAAAAAGCAGCCAUUAUAAUUCAGACUCAUUUCCAAGCUUACAUUUCAGCCAGGGAAGUUCUAGCAUCUUAUCAGAAAACACGAUCUGCUGUCAUUGUUCUACAGUCUGCAUAUAGAGGGAUGCAGGCCAGGAAAAUGUUUCAUCAUAUCCUCACAUCUGUUAUAAAGAUUCAGUCAUAUUAUCGUGCUUAUACUUCCAGGAAGAAAUUUCUGAGCCUAAAAAGUUGUACAAUAAAAUUUCAGUCAAUUGUCAGGAUGAGACAAGUGCGUAGACAAUAUUUGUGCUUAAGAGAAGCUGCACUGUUUAUCCAGCAAUGGUACCGCUCUCAAAAAAUGGCUGCACGGAAAAGAAAAGAAUAUUUGCAGAUGCGUGAAUCUUGUAUCACACUGCAGGCUUUUUUUAGAGGAUACCUGGUCCGAAAGCAGAUGAGGUUGCAAAGGAAAGCUGCUAUUUCACUACAGUCUUAUUUCAGAAUGAGAAAGAUGCGGCAGCACUACCUGAAAACUUAUAAAGCAAUUACUGUCAUUCAGAAUUACUAUCGUGCAUACAAAGCACAAGUCAAUCAGAGGAAGAACUUCCUGCAAGUCAAAAGAGCAGCUACCUGCUUGCAAGCAGCUUACAGAGGUUAUAAAGUACGCCAAAUAAUCAAACAACAAUCCAUAGCUGCUCUUAAAAUUCAAACUGCUUUUAGAGGCUACAGUAAAAGGAUGAAAUAUCACUCUGUGCUUCAGUCUACUGUGAAGAUUCAGAGGUGGUACAGGGUGCACAAGAUUGUUGGUGAUAUGAGAAGAGAUUUUCUAAAGACAAGGGCAGCUGUGAUUUCCCUCCAGUCGGCCUAUCGUGGCUGGAAAGUCCGGAAGCAGAUCCAGAAGGAACAUCAAGCUGCAGUCAAAAUUCAGUCUGUUUUUAGAAUGAUCAAGGCCCAGAGGCAGUUUAGAUUGUUAAAAACAGCAACAUUAGUCAUUCAACAACACCUAAGAGCAUUGACUGCUGGAAGGAAGCAACGUAUGGAGUACAUUAAACUCCGUCAUGCAGUAGUGGUGCUUCAGUCCACGUGGAAAGGAAAAACCCUGAGGAGACAGAUUGAAAAGCAGCACAACUGUGCUGUUAUCAUACAGUCAUACUUUAGAAUGCAUGUGCAACAAAAGAAAUGGAAAACCAUGAAAAAAGCUGUACUUCUCAUUCAAAUGUAUUAUAGAGCUUAUAGUGUUGGAAGAGAAGAACAUCAUUUAUAUUUGAAAAAGAAAGCCGCCAUAGUAACUUUACAGUCAGCUUACCGUGGUAUGACAGUGAGAAAAAGAAUAAAGAAUUGCAACAAAGCAGCAGUCACUAUCCAGUCCAAAUACAGGGCCUAUAGAACCCAAAAGAAAUAUGUAACCUAUAGAGUGUCAGCUGUUAUAAUUCAGAGAUGGUAUCGAGAUAUUAAAAAUGGAAACCAUCAACGUAAGGAAUAUCUUAAUUUAAAGAAGGCAGCAAUUAAAAUCCAAGCUGUUUAUAGAGGUAUUAGAGUAAGAAGACAUAUUCAACACUUACACAUGGCAGCCACUUUUAUUAAAGCCAUGUUUAAAAUGCAUCAGUCAAGAGUAAGAUACCAUACAAUGAGAAGAGCAGCUGUUGUAAUUCAAAGAAGAUACAGAGCAUAUUAUCAAGGUAAAAUUCAACGGGAAAAGUACCUGACAAUUUUGAAGGCUGUUAAAACUCUUCAGGCAAGCUUUAGAGGAGCAAGAGUUAGAAAGGCUGUAAGAAAGAUGCAACUCUCAGCAACACUCAUUCAAUCAUACUAUAGAAGAUACAGGCAGCAAACAUAUUUUAAUAAGCUAAAGAAAGUGACAAAAACAAUACAGCAAAGAUACAGAGCAGUGAAGGAAAGAAACAUACAACUUCAAAGGUACACCAAGUUGAGGCAUUGUAUAAUAUGCAUCCAGUCUGCUUUUAGGGGAAUGAAAACCAGGAGACAUUUUAAAGUUAUGCGUUUGGCUGCCAUCCUUAUUCAGAGGAGAUUUAGAACUCUAAUGGUGAGAAGAAAGUUCCUAUCUCUGAAGAAAACAAUUAUUUGGAUUCAGAGAAAAUAUCGUGCAAAACAUGACUUAGAACAAUUCCUUCAGUUACGAAAGGCAGUUAUUCAAAUCCAGUCAUCAUACAGAGGAUGGAUGGUAAGGAAAAAGAUGCAAGAAAGGCACAGGGCUGCUACUUUGAUCCAGGCUACUUUCAGAAUGCACAGAAACUAUGUUACAUUUCAGAGUUGGAAACAUGCUGCAAUUCUAAUUCAGCAGCAGUAUCGAAAAUACAGAGCAGCAAAAUUGCAAAGAGAAAAUUUUAUCAGACAAUGGGGUUCUGCCAUGGUCAUUCAAGCUCCAAAUAAAGGACUGAAAGCAAGACAAGUUUUAAGGGAAAAACACAGAGCUGCUAUCAUAAUACAAAGCACAUAUAGAAUGUAUAGGCAGUAUUGUUUCUACAAAAAGCUUCAAUGGGCUACAAAAGUAAUACAAGAAAAAUAUAGAGCAAAUAAAAAGAAACAGAAAGCUCUUCAACACAAAGCCUGUAAGAAAGAAGAAAUUUGUAUUCAGACUUUUCAGGACAUAAACACAAGGAAACAAAUUCAGAAACAGCAUGAGGCUGCAGUUAUUAUUCAGAAGCAUUUUAAAGCCUUUAAAACAAGGAGGCAGUACCUCUACCUCAGAGCAACAGUAAUUUCUGUUCAAAGAAGAUACAGAGCAUUAACUGCCACCAGUACUCAAGCAGUUAUAUGUGUACAGUCUUCUCACAGAGGCUUUCAGGAAGCAGAGUCUCACUCUCAGACUUGGGCUGCACUAACAAUUCAAAGAGCUUUUCGUAAAAUGAUCAAAAGAAGACUGGACACACAGAAAUGUGCUGCCCUACGAAUUCAGGCCUUCCUUCAGAUGGCUGUGCAUCGGAGAAGAUUUAUUCAGCAGAGGAGAGCUGCUGUCACUUUACAGCAGCAUUUCAGGACAUGGCAAACCAGAAAACAGUUUUUACUCCACAGGAAAGCAGCAGUGGUUUUACAAAAUCACUACAGAGCUUUUCUGUCUACAAAACAUCAGAGACAGUCUUAUUUACAAAUCAGAAGUAGUGCUAUUAUUAUUCAAGCUGUAAUGAAAGGGUUUAUACAGAAACGGAAGUUUCAACAGAUUAAAAAUAGCACCAUAAAAAUUCAGGGUGUAUGGAGAAAGUAUAAAGCUAAGAAAUAUUUAUGUAAAGUGAAAGCUGCCUGCAAGAUUCAAGCAUGGUACAGGUGUUGGAGCGCACGCAAACAAUAUCUAGCUGUAUUAAAAGCUGUUAAAAUUAUUCAAGGCUGCUUCUACACCAAACUGGAGAGAACACGGUUUCUGAAGAUGAGAACAUCAACAAUUAUCAUUCAGAGAAAAUGGAGAGCCAUGCUUUCGGCGAGAAUAGCUCGUGAGCACUUCUUAAUGAUAAAAAUUUUAGAAGAAAGAGCCAAAAUUCGAAUUCUUCACUUUACUGCAGCCACAUAUUAUCACCUGUCUGCUCUUAGAAUUCAAAGAGCAUUUAAACUUCACAUGGCUAUGAAGAAUGCUAAGAAGCAGAUUAAUUCAGUCAUCUGUAUUCAGAGAUGGUUUCGAGCAAAAUUACAACGAAAGAAGUUUAUUGAGAAAUAUCGUAACACCAUAAAAACUAAGCAUGAAAUGCAAGAACAUCUGAACCAGCAAAAUAGGGCUGCUUCGGUAAUACAGAAAGCAGUACGCCGCUUUCUUCUUUGCAAAAGACAAGAAAAAUUUAAUAAUAGUAUCACCAAAAUCCAGGCAUUAUGGAGAGGCUACUCUUGGAGAAAGAAAAAUGAUUGCACAAAAAUCAAAGCUAUACGACUAAGUCUUCAACUUGUCAAUAAAGAGAUUCGAGAAGAAAACAAGCUGUACAAAAGAACUGCACUUGCACUUCAUGAUCUUUUGACAUAUAAGCACCUUUCUGCCAUUCUGGAGGCUUUAAAGCACCUAGAGGUCGUCACUAGAUUAUCUCCCCUUUGUUGUGAGAACAUGGCUGAGAGUGGAGCGAUUUCUAAAGUAUUUGUUUUGAUCCGAAGUUGUAAUCGUAGUGUUCCUUGUAUGGAAGUUAUCAGACAUGCCGUACAAGUCUUGCUUAAUGUAGCAAAGUAUGAGAAAACUACUUCAGCAGUUUAUGAUGUAGAAAAUUGUAUAGACACAUUGCUGGAGCUCUUACAGAUAUACAGAGAAAAACCUGGGGAUAAAGUUGCAGACAAGGGUGGAAGCAUUUUCACAAAGACUUGCUGUUUGUUGGCUGUUCUAUUGAAGACAACAAAUCGAGCCUCUGAUGUACGAAGUAGGUCCAAAGUUGUUGACCGUAUUUGUAGUCUAUAUAAACUUACGGCACGUAAACAUAAAAUCAAUACUGAAAGAAUAUUUUAUAAACAAAAGCAGAAUCCUUCUAUAGGCAUUCCGUGUAUUGCAGAAAAACCUGUAAGGACCAGAAUAGUUUCAAGACUUAAACCAGAUUGGAUUUUGAGAAGAGAUAAUAUAGAAGUUACCAAUCCCCUGCAAGCUAUUCAAAUGGUGAUGGAUACAAUUGGCAUUCCUUAUUAGUAAAUGUAAACAUCUUCAGUGUGUUAGUAUGAAGAAAUACUAAAGCUAAUCAUGAAUAUUUUGCUUUCUGUGUAUAAGUUUUAAAGUUUGGCUUUGUAUUAAAAAUAAAAUAUAUAUAUACUAAAAGUAACUAAACUGUUAAAUUCUUCAUUGUUUAAGGUUAAAGUGUAUAUUGAAAGUGUCUGUCAACAAUUUUUUCUUUUUUGCCAAUAAAGUGUAUUAAGAGUU